AACAAGGUCCCUGUCACCGGCAGGGAAGGGGAGAGGGAACAGUGGGGUUCCCAGAGUCCCCAGGGUCUCCGUCACCAGCAGGGGAGAGGGAGCAGUGGUAUCCCCCAGGGUCUCCGUCAGUGGCAGGGCAGGGGAGAGGGGACAGAGGGAUCCCCAGAGUCCCUGUGACUGGAAGGGCGGAGCAGAGGGGGAAGGCAGAGGUGGCCCCAGAUCCCUGUCACGUGCAGGACGAGGCAGAGGGGACAGAGGGGUCCCUGGAGUCUUUGUCACUGGCAGAACAGGGCAGAGGGGACAGAGUGGUCCCGAGGGUUGCCAUCACUGGCAGAACAGGAGGGGAGGGACAGAGGGGUCCCUGAGGUCCCUGUCACUGGUAGGACAGAGGAGAGGAGACAGAGGGUCUCCUGGGGUUCCCAUCACUGGCAGAACAGGAGGGAGGGGACAGAGGGUUCCCUGUGGUCCCUCUCAUUGGCAAGGCAGAGGGGACAGAGGGGUCCCUGGGGUCCCUUUCACCGGCAGGGUGGUGGGCAGGCUGUUCCGCAGGGUCUCCUCCAGAAGAUGCAGCUGGGCUGGGCAUCUCAGGAUCUGCAUGGCACCGAGACUGUGGGGCAGGUGGUGACACCGAGGAUCCGUGGGGCUCUGGUGGCACUGGGACAGAAUGUCCCAGAUGAGCACCCGUCCCCAGGCAGCCCCAGGGCUGGCCCCAUGCCCAGUGCCCAGCAGGAUGGACCCUGCCCGAUGCCUCCCAAGGCAGGGGGCACUCACUGGCCUGUGACGGCUGGUGGUGACCCUGGGACCCGCUAUUGUCACCACUUGCCACACGGUCUCCAGACUCCCACUCCACAGCCCCCUGGGACUCUCAGCCUCAGGACUGUUGCAGGGACCAUGCAGAUCCUGACAAGCCUAGCCCAGCUGCAGCACCUGGAGGGGAUCCUGAAGAAGAGCCUGCCCCUCGCCCUGCCGGUGUAUGGGGCGGUGCUGAACAUAACGCGGGGGAACCCGGGCCAGUCCGAAGUGCUGGUGGACAAGUGGCCCGAAUUUGGCGCUGUGCUGGCCCGUCCCAGAGGAGAGGUGCCGGUGAACGAUGGCUACUGGAACACGCAGGCAGCAUUCUAUCAGGAUUUGGGGGCGUACCGGGCACUGCUGGAGACCCCUGGGUGCCAGCGCUGGGACGCCGCCUUCACUGUCAUCGGGCUACAGGAUGGGGUGGCCACGGUGUCACAAGACCUGGCGAGGACCAAAGGUGUGGAGCUGGACAUCGUUGAAUAUUACACCUACGUGCACCCUGACCCCAGCACCAUGCCCAAGCCCCGGCUGGACCCCAGUGUGCGGGUGGGCUCCCUGCUCCCCUCACACGUGGACCUGCUGAAUGAGACAUGGCCCUACGGAGGCAAUGCCCGCAGCCGGCGCUACCUGGCCGAGCUUUUGGAGCACUUCCCUCACGUCUGCCUGCAGGACAGCACCGGGGAGCCCAUCAGCUGGGUGCUGACUGACCAUUUUGGGACGGGCACCCACAGCUUCACGCUGCCUGUGCACCGCCGGCGAGGCCACAUGCAGGUGGCCCUGACGGUGGCAGCGCAGCGGGCACAGGCCAGGGGGUUCCCCACUUUCGGGCACACGGCGCUGUGGAACCGGCCCAUGCAGCAGCUGCAGGAGCUGCUGGGCCACCAGCGCCUGCCGGGGACCUGCUGCUACAUCCUGCACAACCCCAGGAUGGACAAGGAUGGGCCCUGAAGUCCUGCUGUCCCCUCCCUGGGGCAGAGGUGUCACCAGGCCGUGGGACAAGGGAGAAAAGCCACCCCCAAAUUAAAGAGUGGUGUGAAGGCUC